GAUUAUUUAUUUAAUUAGGAAAUAAGAAUAAUGAUAUCGGAAGAGAAAGAAGAGAGGUGAAUUGGUUCCAACUCCAUUUCAGAGUAAAGAAAGCAAAGUUAUGUUGCAAUGCAUUUUUCUACUCUCCGAUUCCGGGGAAGUGAUGCUGGAAAAACAGCUUACUGGACACUGGGUUGAUAGGGCAAUAUGUUCCUGGUUUUGGGAUCAGUCAAUUGCUCAAGGUGAUUCCUUCAAGCAUUUACCGGUGAUUGCUUCACCAACGCAUUACCUUUUCCAAGUUAAUCGUGAAGGAGUUACCUUCUUGGCGUGCACCCAAGUGGAAAUGCCACCUUUAAUGGCAAUUGAGUUCUUGUGCAGAGUAGCUGAUGUCCUGUCAGAAUAUCUUGGAGGGUUGAAUGAAGAUUUGAUAAAGGAUAAUUUUGUGAUUGUAUAUGAGCUUUUGGAUGAGAUGAUAGACAAUGGUUUCCCUCUUACUACAGAACCUAAUAUACUAAGGGAAAUGAUAGCUCCUCCAAAUAUCGUAAGCAAAGUAUUGAGUGUUGUGACUGGUAACACUUCCAACAUGAGCAACACACUUCCAGGUGCUACAGGAUCUUGUGUUCCUUGGAGAAAAACAGACCUGAAGCAUUCAAGCAAUGAAGUUUAUGUUGAUUUAGUUGAAGAAAUGGAUGCUACUAUAAAUAGAGACGGGGUUCUGGUGAAAUGUGAGAUCUGUGGUGAAGUUCAAGUGAAUUCUCAUCUUUCUGGUCUUCCUGAUCUUACCCUUUCAUUUGCAAAUACUUCCAUCCUGAAUGAUGUAAGAUUCCAUCCUUGUGUUCGUCUACGACCAUGGGAAUCAAACCAAAUUCUGUCUUUUGUUCCUCCUGAUGGACAAUUCAAGCUCAUGAGCUACAGAAUAAAGAAGUUGAAGAGCACCCCUAUAUAUGUAAAGCCACAAAUUACUUCAGACUCAGGGACAUGUCGUAUUAGCUUGUUAGUUGGGAUACGCAAUGAUCCUGGGAAGGCAAUUGAUGAUAUAAACGUUCAAUUUCAACUACCCCCUCGCGUUUUAUCUGCAGAUCUUACAUCAAAUUAUGGAACAGUAAACAUCCUUUCCAACAAGUGCAGACAUGCACUUGGUCCAUUGGUCGGAUGCCCAAAGACAAAACUCCUUCAAUGACUGGAACAUUAGUGUUGGAAACAGGAGUUGAGCGGCUUCAUGUAUUCCCUACAUUUCUUGUGGGAUUCAAAAUUAUGGGUGUUGCACUCUCAGGUUUGAAAAUAGAAAAACUUGAUUUCAAGAAUCUACCUACCCGACCAUAUAAAGGAUUUCGAGCUCUAACCAGGUCUGGGCAAUAUGAAGUCAGGUCAUAAUUAUAUUAUGGUUUCUUGACCUUAAAUUUCAGAGCUUUGAUGUUGCUUGAGACUGUUGAAGAGUGCUCUGUAUGAUAGAUGCCAAUAUUAGAAUCUUUAUUCUUACAUGAUCUUUUAUCCAAUGUGAAAAAAAUCAGACUAUUUCAGAAAGAUUUUUCAUCAUGUUUUGAAUUGAUCAUUGCUUCAUAAGAUACUGCGACAUGGAUUUUUUUGCUUUGCUUGUGUUCAAUAUUCCCAUUUCUUUUAAA